AGUAUUCAGCUGACGGAGUAUGGGCCUUUCGUGGAUCAAGAUCUAUUUUUAAGUGACCAGCUAAGUCUCUCCUGGAACUGAAAUGAUAACUGUCCAUUUCUAUAAAUGAAAGAAGAGAAUGAUACAAAGCUCGACCUUUUUUUCCUUCGGUAAUGAAAGAAAGAAAAAUAGAAAGUUCGAUUUUUGACUGAAAUGUUUCCUCGCUUGUAAAAUAUUCGCCCUGUUGACGAAAGAAAGGAGAAACUUUUGUGAUGUAUAUGAAAAGUUGUAUAAGAUCGAUAGCUGGAGUGUUUCGUUCUUCAAGUGUUUUAUCUCUGACCACAUAAGACUCUCAAAAAAAAACAAAAAACCUCAAGUACUUAUAUCCACACGCAUAUAUCUUCAUUAUUUUACCAAGAUAUCGUAAGCCGGGAAAUGUACGGUAGAUCAGAGAAGGCCGGAAGGGCCUUGCUGCGGGUUGGGCAGGCCGUCACUAGAGCUGUCGAGCGGUUUGUGGCCGUGGGAGAAUGUAUAGCCGAAGACAAUCCUCAGAUUAAAGUGGACAUGUACGAAGCUUGUAAGGACGCCAGGACAGCAGCAUUGCUUAUCGAGCAACUCUGCGAAAGUCAACGAGUAGAGACUGCCCGCCACGGAGUUGAUAGAUCCCGGACGGCCAGGGCAGCCCGAGGUUUACUGGCAUCGAUAACAAAAGUUUUAAUACUGGCAGAUACCGUAGUAGUGCAACAGUUACUUAAUACUAAAGACCGGGUACCCACGAGCUUGAACAACAUAGGCAACUUCACGGAAUUUGUAAAAGUCUUCAGCCUUAUAGGAACAGAAAUGGUGGAACUAGCGUACACGACUGGAGAUAGAGUUCACAACUACAGAGACGAUCGACGACGAGCUCAGAUGAAAGUAGCAGGUCAAGUUUUACAACGAUCAGCAGUUAUGUUUCUCACAUCUUCAAAGGCUUGUCUGUGCCACCCUGACUGUGAAACAGCUCGAGAGAACAGAGACUCGGUUUUCCUACAGAUGAGAAGAGCUAUGGACCUCAUUCACUGUAUACUUAAAGACGGCGUUCUUCCGGACUUGGUAGCCUCUAAGAGAGAUAACACUGCUCCCAAGAGGAACGGGACUGCUGUUGGCAAACAAAACAAACGUUUUCAUUCUUCGGUGUGGAAACUUGAAGAGUUAGAACAAUACUUUACAGUGCACAAUGCUUUGAACAGAUUCGAGGAUCUGUUGGAUGGAAUCAAGACAAUAGUAGCGGUAUCAGUGUAUAGGGACCAGUUGUUAAGUGCCUUAGAAACUAUUGUGGAACGAACUCAAGAUUUCACUGACUCGGCCUACACUUCCCAAGAACACAGGGAAAAUAUUUUACUCAUCUGUGAGCGUGUUAAAAUAGACCUUAACCAAAUAUUGAGAAUAGGAGUUGAACUGGACCAAGCCGUAUCUCUAUCUCCUACUGAAGACUUAGAAGUAUCCAUUCAACAUCUCCUUAAGUCAUGCGAGGACUUGAAAAAGCAACUCCAAGAGACAACGCUUGACCACUUGGACGAGAUGUUUAAGGUCACGAAGGAGACAGAGCUUACAGUCCGCCUUAAGAACGCAGCAGUCUCUGGUGAUCGACUGAGGCUAGAGUGUUACGCAGAAAAAUUUAGCGAGCAUGUUGAUCAUUUACAUGACGUGUGUAAGCUGUUACACCACGUGGCCAGUAGUGAAUCUUUACAAGUGUCUUCCAAGCACGUGGAAUAUUCUCUUAAGAUCUACGGAGUUCAGGUGCUAAAUGCUUGCCACACCCUCUACUUACACCCCACCAGCAAAAUUGCAAAGGAAAAUUUGGAUGUUUUUUGUGAGAUGUGGCACGCAUUAGAGAACGACGUAGCCAAAAUGUCCUGUGAUAUCGCCGAGAUGUAUGGAGGAAAAAUCUCAGACAAAACAUCUGAGAAAAUUUCUAAUUCCUCUUCUCUUCAGCAAUCGAAAGAUUUUGAUAUUUUCAACCAAGCAGAAAUGUUUGCAGAGGAUGCAAAUAGGUUAUACAAAGAUAUUCGUCAGUUUUCAUACCAGGUUCCAGGUGGGUCACAGAAGAAAGAUCUUCUAGAAAACCUUGACAAAGUCCCAACUUACGUUCAACAGCUGCAGUUUACUGUAAGAAAUCCAACCGUGGGUAAAGCAGCCACAUUCACAAAGGUUGACAACGUAAUCCAAGGUGUAAAGGACCUGAUGAAUGUCGUAUCGAAAGUAGUCACGAUAAGCCUUGUUUGUGCAUCAAAGUAUAAGUUGAAGUUAAGAAAGUCCAGAAACGCAUCCGGUUACAGUGGAGAUCCUGACGAGUGUGGAUAUGGAGAUGCUUCUGGAGGUAUGCCCCCUAGAGGUGGAGGGACCAGCUCAUCCGAUCCGAACAUCUGACAAUUAGGGUUAAGCCCACGAAGGGCUAACAAAGUUGGAGGUGAUACACGUCGUACACGUGUAUCGUUUUUUACGUUAUUAGGAGCUAAAAAACGAGACUGAUGCUGACCCUGAGAUAAUACUAUUGUUGUUAAAAGCUUUUGUUAACUGUUACAUUCCUAUUGAUUCAAUGGUUUAUAAACUAACAAAGUAUUUGUGAUAACGCCCUGAUGUUUAGCUCAUCAACCUUAAGCUGAAGUGAAUAUUUUAUUCCUUUCAAAGGGCUAAUAACAGUAACAAAUGUUGACUGUCUUACAAGUUUCAAGUACGCUUCUUAACCUAAAGGUAUCGCAUGUCAGUAAUAUUAUUAGCAUGGUAAUAAUUAGCUGUACUUAAGAAGAGAUUAUAGAAUAAUUUACAAAUAUUACUUUAUUGAAAGACGCAUUAGGUACCAGGUAGAGACUGCAUGAAAUCAGCCCUAAGAUUUUUUAACACAAGUCAACAUCAUGACACAAUAUAAGUAACGUUAACUGAUAAUAUCGUAAACUUGAAAAAUGUUUUUAGAACAAUUAUGGUUGAAAUCCCAUAUUCAGAAAGUAUUCAGAAAGAUACUUCUCAUAAUUGUACACUUUAGAAUGAGAUAAAAUUGACAGAAUUAUGCCAACAGUUAGUUUGCUUGAGAGAGUCCAUUGGGCAGAUGUUAUUCUCUCUAAAUGAUGACACAUUAUUCACAGACUUUUUCUAUGUAUAGCUUAUAUAUAUAUAUACUGUUACGUCUCUGUUCUCGUUUGUUAAUUUUCGCCCCCCAGUA